AUGAUGAUCUGCAGCAUCUACAUCAUCGUCUUCCCUACUUUGGUCUCUGCCAUGACUUCUUACGGCGCCAUCUCCCGCGCUGUCAUCAGUGAUGGCAAUGUCUCGGUUCCUUUUGAGGAUUGGCAACAAGUCGAUUCAACAUAUAGUGUUCUUCUGGAUGGCGCCAGAAUUGGAGAGUCCGAUGACUAUACUGUCUACGCCCAUGAUGACUUCAACUUGACUCUCCAUAUACAGGAUUGUAAGGCAUUUGUCUCAAAUUUUGCGAGCCACCUGGAGAUCUACACCCGACUCCAUAAAGAUCUCAAGAUCGAGUUUCCGAGGAGCCUGAGCGAUCUGAAAUCAGCGGCAAAUGCCACAGAGCCCGAGUAUUUGAGAAUUGCGAGCGAAUUCAAUACCACCGACAACUACACCAUCAGGCUCGAUGCGCCGCUAUUAAAAAUCCUGAACUUCUCCGCCUUCGCAGACCGUGCCUGGACCCACAGCGAUACACUUGUCUUUACGAGCGAGAUCUUAGGCCUGGGAAAGGAGCCUUUGGGUUCAUGCGCCCCGACAAAAGACUAUCAAUGGGGAUUCAGCUUCAUCCUACUCUUCACCGUCUCGACUGUUCAUUCGAUAGUUCACGUCGCACUCUACAGCCUCCUUUGGUACACCCGGCGACAGAAUCAAGGUGGCGAACAACGAAGGGUUGUGGAAGAGACGGGCGGCGGCUUCAUCAUAUACAUCGAGGCGAGAAUUCGUGCCGACGGCUAUCACCGUUGA